AUGUCCCACCUUGACCGAGUCUGCACAACUUGGGGCCACUAUCACAUCAAGACCUUUGAUGGGCAUUUCUUCCAGCUGGCCUCCACCUGUAAGCACAUGUUGGUUUCACACUGUAAGGGAAGCUAUGAGAGUUUCCUCAUCCAGAUGAGGCGAGGCCUAGUUGACAACAACCCCACCAUCAGCAGCAUCACCAUGAAGCUGGAUGGUUCUGUUGUGGAGCUCUCUAAGAGCUCAGUGAUUUUCAAUGGCCAGAUUGUUUGUGAGAGAGGCCACUGGAUGUGUACUGAGGAAAACUGCUCAGUAACGUGUUCGGUGGAGGGGGGAGCUCACGUUACCACCUUUGAUGGAAAAAUCUACACUUUCCAUGGAGAUUGCUCUUAUGUUCUGGCAAAACAGAGUGAUGGCUCUUUGUACACUGUGUUGGUGGACGUCUUCAAAUGUGGUCUGACAGAGAGCAGGACUUGUCUCAGAGCUGUUACUCUGGCCCUGGACAGCAAUGCCGUGGUCAUCAAAAUCCUGUCAUCUGGGCAAGUCUUUGUCAACAACAUUCUUUCUCAGCUACCAUUGUUUACAUCUGAGCUGAGCGUCUUUUGGCCAUCCUCUUUUUAUGUCGUAAUCAGCACCAAAGUAGGAAUUCAAGUGAUGGUCCAGCUGUCUCCUGUGAUGCAAGUGUUUGUUUCAGCUGAUGUGUCACUUAAAGGAGCCACCUCAGGAUUAUGUGGGAACUUUAACAACAUAAUGACUGAUGACUUCUGGGUAAGCAGUGGACUUGUGGAGGGAACUGCCGCAGUAUUUGUCAACUCUUGGAAAACUAGAGUCAGCUGUCCUGACAUUGUGCCAAGCUUUGGUCAUCCUUGCAGUCAGGACAUCAGCAGAGAGAACUAUGCACAGUACUGGUGUUCCAAACUGACUGAUCCCCUGGGAGUGUUCGCUCCUUGCCACUCUGUUGUCAGCCCCAGCUCAUACAAAGAUAACUGCAUGUAUGACAGCUGCAACUGUGAAAAAAGUGAGGACUGUAUGUGUGCUGCAGUCUCCUCAUAUGUCUACGCCUGCUCAGCAGCAGGAGUCCACAUCAGUGGCUGGAGGGAAACCAUCUGCGGAAAAUUUAGCAAAUCAUGUCUGGCAGAUGCAGUUUAUGAGUACAACAUGACCUCUUGUGGUCGUACAUGCCGUUCCCUCAGCCAAGCUGAUUACUCCUGCCAGGUCAACUUGGCCACUGUGGAUGGCUGUGGCUGUGCUGAGGGAACCUACAUGAAUGAAGAUGGACAGUGUGUCUCCAGUGCAAGCUGUCCCUGCUAUGAUAAGGACACCUUUAUUCCUGCUGGACAGGUUAUCAUUAAAGACGGAAUAACAUGUCAGUCUUCUGCUUCCACAUCAUGUGUUGCCCCCAUGACUUAUUUUGAUUGCUCCACUGCUCAACCUGGGACUACUGGGGCUGAGUGUCAGAGGAGCUGCAGCACGGUGGAUAUACCAUGUAUCAGUACAGGCUGUACACCUGGCUGCGUGUGCCCAGAUGGCCUGUUAUCAGAUGGAGCAGGUGGCUGCAUCAAUGAGAGGAGCUGUCCAUGUGUUCACAAUGGACAAGUCUACCAACCAGGACAGACUUUGACCGUGGACUGUAACACCUGCUCAUGUAGUGGAAGAAAGUUCACCUGUACCAACAAUGAGUGCAGUGCAGUUUGUGGGAUCUAUGGAGAUGGUCAUUACAUUACGUUUGAUGAUAAAAGAUUUGACUUCAGUGGAGAAUGUGAAUACACACUCCUCCAGGAUUAUUGCAGCCCUGGUCAGGGAAAUGGGAGCUUCAGUAUUAUCACUGAGAAUGUUCCAUGUGGAACCACAGGAACUACCUGCUCCAAGACCAUCAAGAUCUUUCUGGAGGAUAAUGAAUUUCAUCUUAAAGAUGACAGUUUCCAGGUGAUAAGAGGAAACAUCAAGGUGCUCCCUGCUUUGGUACAAAAAAUUGGUAAUUACCUGGUGGUGACUGUCCAAUCAGGGCUUGUAGUCAUGUGGGACCAGAAGACUACCCUUUUCAUUUCUCUCAGCCCACAGUUCCAGGGUCAAGUGUGUGGUCUUUGUGGGAACUACGAUGGCAACAGUAAAAAUGAUUUCACCACACGUUCUCAAGAGGCGGUGACAGAUGUUUUAGAGUUUGGGAACAGCUGGAAAGUGUCACCUAGCUGCUCUAAUGCCCAGCUCCUCAGUGAUCCCUGUGCCUUUAAUCGCUACCGAGCAGCCUGGUCUCAGAAACAGUGCAGCAUCAUAACCAGCUCCACCUUCCAGAGCUGUCAUUCAAAUGUUGAUCCUGGCCCUUACUAUGAUUCUUGCGUGAGAGACUCCUGUGCUUGUGACACCGGUGGUGACUGUGAGUGUCUCUGCACUGCUGUGGCCGCCUAUGCCAAAGCUUGUAACACAGCUGGGGCCUGCAUCAGCUGGAGAACUCCGAAGAUGUGUCCUAUUUUCUGUGACUACUAUAACUCACCUGGUGGCUGUGAAUGGCAUUACAAGCCUUGUGGAGCUGACUGCAUGAAGACAUGUAGGAAUCCAUCAGGAAACUGUUCCAAACUCAUCAGCAAUAUGGAAGGCUGUUAUCCACAGUGUCCUCAAACCAGGCCAUUCUUUGAUGAAGACACAAUGAAAUGUGUUGCCUGGGACCAGUGUGGAUGCUACGAUGACAGAGGCACCCAUUACAGCAUAGAUGAUAAGGUUCCAUCCAACAACUGUUAUACUUGUGCCCGAGGCCACAACAAAGACCAGCGAAAGUACAGUAGUAUCAUCAAAGCCAUCUCUUCAUACAAGAACUACAGCAGGCCCUUUCACCACCUCUCAGAGAGCUACAACUGA